GGUUGUGUCUUCUACCAGUAUCUACUGUUUUACAUGAAAUACGAUUCUUUUACAGGAGUGCUUUCCCCUAUUCCGAAUAUUUACUGUAUGCGAGCCCGUUGAGAACGCAUGGACCGCGAAUCAUCUUCAUCUGAUCCACAAACCAACGGCAUGACGACUGAGGCGCGUCUGAUUCUUUUCUGCGACGAGUGCGGCGAAUGCUUCUCGUCACUCGAUUACCUGGGAAGGCACCGACGAAAUAGGCACCGGGAACGAGUUCAGGGCAAGCAUCAGUGUUCCUACUGCUCCUACUCCAGCAAUGACCGGCAUCGAGUAACUUCUCACGAGCGGACGCACACGGGCGAGCGACCGUUCGUGUGCAAGGUCUGCCAGAAAGGCUUCGCGCAGCCGUGCACCCUGGCCACCCACAUGGACACCCACAGCGAACAGAAGCAGCACGCGUGCGAAGUCUGCGACAAGCGCUACCGCAGCUCCUCCUCGCUGGCCUCCCACCGGAGAUUGCACACGCGAGACGCGAAGCCCUACUUGUGUCCCGAGUGCCUCCGGGGAUUCAACCAGCGGUGCGUCCUGCUGCGGCACCUGGGGACGCACUCGGGACUCAAGCCCCACGUCUGCGACGUGUGUGGACGACGGUUUACCCAGAGUGGCAGCGCGAACAGGCACAGGCGCUCGGCGCACCUCAAGCAGGCGACGGUGCCGGCCCAGGAGUAAGGAGCUGGCAUGGGACGUGUACCGGUAUAUAGGGCAGGCUUGCACACGUGCUUCGGGCUGUGCUACUUGACAAUAUUAGGCCGCACAAGACACGAUGUUCUAGUAGCGCAGCAGUGUGAUGUACGUGGACGAUGCGGUAACCAUGGCCUCGAGGACGUCAAACUAAGGACGCCAUGUUAAAGCUCGCGAAUCCUAGAAUUUAAAAAUGAAAUCCUCAUAGUGAGCCGGAAUACCUUAGAUAAGCCCUCGUUCUUUCGUUUGAACCUUGACUGCUUGUUUGAACCUGCAGAGCCCAUCACACUAUGUUCAUUUAUGAUUCGUCAAAUAGCUUGAUUUCUAGCGAUAAUAACAUUUGAGGAUGAA